AUGCAGGUAUUUAAUGUCACUGGUGUUUCCAUUGGCAUUGGCUUGGCACAAACAUGUGAUACCCUCAUCAGUCAGACAUAUGGGAGCGGUAACUUGAAGCGUGUUGGUGUGAUUCUGCAGAGAGGGAUCCUGAUCCUGCUGCUGGCCUGUUUCCCCUGCUGGGCUCUUCUCAUCAACACUGAGCCUAUUCUUCUUGCUGUCAAACAGAGUCCAGAAGUGGCCCGUAUAGCCCAGCUGUAUGUGGAGAUCAUCAUGUCUGCUCUGCCUGCUGCAUUUAUGUUCCAUCUCCAAGUGCGGUAUCUUCAAAACCAGGGGAUUGUAUGGCCUCAGGUUAUAACUGGAGUUGCUGCAAAUGUAAUUAACAUGGUCACCAAUGCCGUCCUUCUUUAUUAUCUGCAGUUAGGAGUGGUUGGGUCUGCAGCAGCCAGUGUGAUCUCACAAUAUAGUCUGUUGGUGCUCUUGUACAUGUACAUCUGGUGGAAGCAGCUGCACAAAGCUUCAUGGGGAGGUUGGUCACUGGACUGUCUGCAGGAGUGGGGUCUCUUCGUGAAAUUGGCCAUUCCCAGCAUGUUUAUGGUUUGUCUGGAGUGGUGGAUGUUUGAAGUGGGAGGAUUCCUGUCUGGAUUGAUUAGUGAAGCUGAACUGGGAGCACAGUCCAUAUCAUACCAACUUGCCAUCAUGACCUACAUGAUUCCAUUGGGGUUCUCUGCUGCUGCCAGUGUACGUGUUGGAAAUGCACUUGGUGCAGGAAACAUAGAGCAGGCCAAACUGUCUUCCACAGUCUCCAUCGUCUGUAUAUCUCUGCUGGACACCACACCAUGCACAUGCACACGCCCUCAUGAGGACCAGCCAGCGUCUGAGCAUGCCGCACGAGACAUUGUCCAGAGGGUUGGUGAGGUGAUGUUUAUUUAUGGCUUCAUGCAUAUCGGUGACACCGUUGGGGGAGUGGCUGGAGGUGUUGUCAGAGGAGUCGGGAAACAGCUGAUUGGUGCUGCGUGUAACCUGGUGGGAUACUACGUCAUCGGCCUCCCCGUUGGAGUGCCACUGAUGUUUGCAGCUCAUAUGGGUAUUGUAGGUCUGUGGACUGGACUGACUGUUUCAGUGACUCUACAGACAGUCUUUUUAAUCAUAUUUUUGUCCAAGCUGAAUUGGCAGAAAGCUGCUGAAGAGGCUGUUGUGAGAGCCGGAAUCCAAACCUUAGAAGGAAAGCAAGUGAACCAGAGAAAAACACCAGACUCAGAUCGGGUCGUGACUCUUCCAUCCAUUUGUGAGAAUGUAGAGAAUUGCGGAACACACCGGGAGGUGCAACUUCCAGUCCAGAAUAAAUCCACGAUCACGACAGUGGGAAAGGUUCUGUCAGGGAAACAGCUGCUUGUACGCCGCUCCAUGACCGUCCUGAUUAUGAUCCUCAUCCUCGCUGGGGGAUUUGUUACCAAACACUUUCUCACAAGACUAUAA